AUGAAUAUAAAACACAUUUGCUUCACAGCAUUUAGCACGGAAGAAAGGAAAGAAUUAUCGGAAAAGGCAAUAAAUCUGGGGCUUAUUGUGGAUACUAAUUUCGAAAUAUAUACCGAAGUAUUGAUUGCUCAUAGAAUCGGAACAGAUAAAUACAGGCUAGCAGCAGAAAAAAAGAUACCAAUCUUGAAGAAGGAGUGGUUGUUAGCCUGUGAAACAGAAGGAGAAUUGGUGAGCAUUGAAAAGUACAAACUUCCUUGUCUUUAUAACUGUACAAUUUCUGUCACAGGAUUCAAGGAAAAGGAGAGAAGCCAAAUCAAAAAUUUAUGCGAGCAGAACGGAGCCUCCUAUUCAUCAAGUCUCACAACAGGCUAUACCCAUUUAAUUUGUUUGAAGGGAGGUAGUGAAAAAUUCCAUUUUGCACUUUCGAAUAAUAUUACCGUAGUGGGUAUUGAUUGGAUUAAAAAGUCUGUAAAGGCAGGUUAUGCUUUGGAUGAAGCUGAUUUUAUUCUAAGCACCAUUUCAGAGGAAGAGAAACAACAAUGUCUUGAAAUUGCAAACAAAUUCAAGCAGCAAAUAGGAUUGGAAAUGGAGGAGGUUGUAAAACCCUCAGUAAAACACUCAAUUCUUCAAACUCAAGGAAUGAAGUUGGAUACAUCAAGCACAGAAUCAUUCUCUCUGAGCUCACAAUUUUCAUCUGAGGAUGUUCAACUUUCGCUCUUUAAUGGAUUAGUUUUCUAUCUUGUUGGAUUUCCUACAGACCUAGUAACUAGUGUGAGAAAAUUAAUUAGAAAGUAUGGUGGAAAUGCCACUUUUACAACAAACAGUUUGAAUUAUAUAAUAGCUAACGACAAUACACCACCUGAAACCAUCAAAAAUCUCAAAGAGAAACUCAAUUAUGAUCCUCCAGUUGUUUCAUACAAGUGGUUCCUUAAUUGUAUAGAGAGUAUGCAAGUUUUACCUAUUGAGGAGAAAAAUGAACAAAAUGAAAAAAUAUCCUCAAGUACAUUCGAUGACAAUAAUAUUGAUAUUGAUAUCAGCGAAGAGGAUUUAGCUGAUGCAAUCCAAUCUCAAACUUGUAUUACAAAUGAGAUGACACAUGAAAAGAAUGAAAAGCUUCUCUUUUCUAGCCUUUUGUUCAAGCUUGCUGACAAUUUAUUGUCACAAAAACAAAUUGCUAAAUCUAUAAUUGAAAGGAAUGGUGGAAAAUUUGUGAAUUUAGGACUAGAUUAUGAUUUUAUAAUAUAUCCAGAGUCUUGCAAAACCCCUCGUGAAACUAACCCAAAAAUAAGAACACUAAAAUGGCUAAAAGACUCGGAUGCUGAAAAAACUGUAAAGACUGCAGAGGAGUGUCUACUUUAUGUGCCUACCUUCAGAUUGGCUCUUGAUAAAAUCAAAACUGAAAAUGAAAGGCUCCUCAUUGUAAUUUCCGGAUACCCUGAUCAAAAGCAGAUAUUACAAUCUAUUAUUGAGGCUCUGGGUGGUUCCACUUCCAAGACUAUGAGAAAAACUGCAGACAUUCUGGUUUGUGAAAAGAAAUCUGACAAGUCGGAUUUUGCCAUCAAACACCAGAUACCAGUUGUUAAUGAGAAAUGGCUGUUUGAUAGCUAUAAGGCUGGAUACUUCCUUUCUCCCACAGAUUUUAUUUUCAAUCCUAACUCUACAAAUUCUAACAUCACACCCAAUAUUUCUGUGAAAACCAGCAUCACAACCACCAACACUACAGACAAAAAUAUUAAUAAGGAUACCUCGACUAGCACCACACCGACAGAAAAAAAAUCAACCAAUCUUCCUGUAUUUGAAAAGACUGAAAAGGCAGAUAAAGAGGAUCAGAUAACACCAACAAAGACUAUAAUACUCGAUGAAAAUGCACGAGAUUCCAAUUCUCCUCAUAGUACUACCAAUAUCCAACCCCCAACUAUGCCAGCUCCUCCCACUCCUACCACUGUAAUACCUGUUGAUACUGCAGCUUUAACUAAUUUCAAAAGCAAAUUGCUCGAUAAACUACCAAAGAGGAAGGAUACCACUACAAAGGCAAUAGAAUUUUCUGAACAAUCAAACGUACAUUUUAUUCCAAAAAAGAAUUUGGAAAAUCUGACAUUUUUCAAUUCUCAAAACACUUCAGAAUCCAAUAGUCUCUCACACUAUGGAGGCACCUCUGAAGCAGAAAAUGAAUACAAUGAAAAGGUAAAGAAUGAUAGAAAUAGAACUAUUCCAGAUUUUGCUAUGAGUCUUGGGACAUUUGCUGAAACCCAAGUUAUUGAUCACGACAAUGAGGUUCAAAAAAUCAAAUGGAAACAAUCGAAUGCAGAGAAACGUCACUUUUUACUUUCUUCAUUAGCCGAAAAGCAAAAAAAGGAGGUCACAAAAUACAUCCAAGCCUUGGAUGGAGUAAUAGAUGAAUUGUACAUACCCAAUGUGACAACACAUUUUAUUGCUGGCUCAGCAGUUCAAACUGAGAAAUUUCUAUGUAGUGUAGCUGCAGGUAUUUGGAUUCUUUGCCCAAAAUAUGUUGAAGAUAGUUACCAACAGCAAUACUGGAUACAAGAGGAUGACUAUCAAUGGAUCCAUAAGCAAGCCGAUAUUAAGUCAGAUCAACAGGAUGCUAUCAGGUAUCUCAUAACUGCCCAAAAAAUUAGGGAUAACAAGACUAAGCCAUUUUCAGGAAUGUCAGUCUUUUUCGUUCAGAACACAAACCCUUCAUUUGUUAGAAUUAUUACUGCAGGAGGUGGGGUGAUACUCCCUUCCAUAACUGAUCCACGUCUCACUCAUAUUUUCGUAAAGGAGGCAAGUGACACUGAAGAUAUGAAAAAAGCAUAUCCCAAUACUUUUGUGACCUAUGAAGAGCAAAUUAGCGGUUUUCUAAUGACUGAUGAAAAGAAAACUUCUAGAGAAACAUCAAGUGAAGAAAGUGAAAAGAAGAAGAGGAAAGUAAUAAAGAAAAGCAAAUAA